AUGCGCCUCUCGUUGGAGGUAAUCGUCAGGGUGAUACAAUUACAGCAUUUUGGUAACGAGGUAGCCAUCAUCAAGUCCGGUGAGUACUGUAAAAGAUUCAAAACGUUAAAUCCCUUUUUGGACGAUGGAAUGAUUCGUGUCGGUGGACGACUACGACAUUCAAGUUUGCCUUAUGGUGUAAAGCAUCAAUGGAUCUUACCUAAGAACGAUGAAACCGUCCAACGGUUGAUUCAAACUGUGCAUCGAGAGAACCUGCAUAUAGGACCGUCGGCGCUGCUCGCCCAGCUUCGCCGGCAAUUUUGGAUUCUGGGAGCCCGUUCUGCUGUACGCAAGGUGACACGAAAUUGUGUGCGGUGUUUCCGGCUCAACCCUCCGUGCGCCAAUCAAUUCAUGGGGGAUCUUCCCGUCGCAAGGUGCGACCAGGCUUCCUCAUUCAUGAAGGUUGGAGUUGACUUUGCGGGUCUCAUUCUCAUUAAACAAAGAGGAAGAAAGAUGGCUCCUGUAAAGGGUUACGUGAGUGUUUUUGUUUGCAUGGUCACCAAGGGCAUUCACUUGGAGGUAGUAGAAGACCUUUCUACAGAUGCGUUCAUCGCCGCCCUGCAGCGAUUCGUCUCUCGUCGUGGUGUCCCUGAGCAGAUAUUUUCCGACAAUGGGACAAAUUUCAUCGGUGCUCGCAACGAGCUGAACGAGCUUUAUCGGCUUUUCAAGCAGCAAGCCACCGAACUCAAGAUUUUUGAAUUCUGCCAACCUCGGCAGAUUCAAUGGAAGAUGAUUCCACCCAUUGGCGUCUGUUUCACUCCUACUGAGAUAUUUUCACUGGUUUCAUUGCUGCAGCGACAAUAG